AUGAGCAGCAAAGCCUCUUUCCAAUCUCCAUCAUCAUCAUCCUCACAAAAAACACUACUACCUAUAUUCAUUUUGAUACUCUCUGUGGUGAUAAGAGGAAUAUUGUUUUAUUAUGAAUUUGAUAAAUCAUUGGAAGAUGAAAUUCACUUUUCUACUCCGACCACAAGUUUCAAGCGAUUGAAAGAAGGAUUAUUUCUCUCUCGCAUCGGUCAAUCACCAUAUUCAAGCUCUUCUUUUUUGCAACCUCCUCUUACAUUAGCACCCUUUGCAUGGGCUGAUCAAUUAACAAAUACAUUUACAACGCGCAAUGAGAGUUAUAUACAACUUUGGAUGUAUCGAUCUAUAUUUAUAAUAUCAGAUCUUGUGGUUGCAUUUUUCAUAUAUGGCAUUGCCAAAAAUUCGACGACAUUGUUGCAACCUUUUCACAGCAAGGUCACAUUGCCACCAAAAACAUCCACAAAUAAUUCUUCUCAAAAUGCUCCAGAAAAUACUACUUCUCAAAAUUUACCUAUUUUUUUGAUGGCAUUAUAUUUGUUAAAUCCUGUCAUGAUUGGAAGCUGUGUCAGCAUGUCAACCAUUGUUUUCAAUAAUUUAUCAAUUGCUGGGGCCAUAUAUUUUGCAACAAAAUCGAACAUAGUGUCCAGUACCUUAUUUUUAGCAUUGGGAACUUAUUUAACAUUGUAUCCCAUUACAUUACUUGUUGGAAUUAUGUUAAUUGUGAGAAGUUUGAAAUUGAGAAAUCAUGAACCAGUCAAAAUGUUUGCAAUUAUUGGAAAGAGUAUGGUAAUGUUCAUGUUUUGGACAUGUUGCUUACACUUUGCGUCAAUUUCUCUGUUGGAAAAUAUUAGAGGUGGCCUUGAAGGAAAAUUGCCAGCCGUAGAUACGGUCAUUUAUCCAUUCCUCACUUCAACAUUGGGCACAAUUAUUGGACCUGAACGAAUGAGUAUUCUCUACGAAUACUUUUAUCAAUGCUAUUAUUAUCCUUUCACACUUCAAGAUUUAACUCCCAAUUGGGGAACGAUGUGGUACUUCUUUACAGAAGUGUUCAACGAUUUUAUGGCCUUCUUCCUUUUAAUUUUCCAUUUGCAUGCAUUUAUUUAUGUCAUCCCUCUCACACUCCGAUUCACAAACGAUGGAUUAUUUUGGUGCCUUAUUCAAACUGCUAUAAUUUCAGUAUUUAAGUCAUACCCAUGUUUGGGAGAUUUUUUCUUUUACAUGACACUGCUCCUCUUAUUUAUUCACAUCUCUCAACACAUGAGAUAUGGUUUCUUUAUUGUGAGCAUGUUACUUGCAUCACUCUUUGUGGGACCUAUUUGUUUCAACACUUGGAUUCACAAGGGUACAGGAAAUGCCAACUUCUUUUAUUUUGUGACUUUAAUCUUUCUAGUUGGAAAUAUUUUACUCAUUGUCGAAUUUGUGUUCGCAAGACUGAAGGCCACACAUUUGUACAAAAAGAACCAAUAA